AUGUCGCAAGCACACGAUAUCCACCGAGCUCUGCUGCGACCCACCAUCAUCCACACUCUACGCGCCGCAGGCUUCCACAGCACCAAACCUUCGGUUCUGGACACACUCGUGAACCUGGCGGAGCGCCAUUUGAUGGCUCUGGCGACCGCGACUGCGCAACAUGCACUAUCCAGCCACAACGAUCCAGUGCCGACCAUCACAGAUGUGCGCAUGGCGCUAUCCGACUGCGGCGUGCUGAUCCCCCUGGACGAUCCUGCAGAGCAAGCAUGGAAGGAGAGACUGCGAAUACCUCUCACGGAAUUAGCCGCGCCAGAGAACGGAGGUCGAACGCGCGUCGUGGCGGAAAAGCGCAAGAGGGAGGAUGAAGACACCAGAGACAUACGAGACUUCACCAGAUUCUACGACUCGACACAGUUCAGAGAGAUCAAGCGGGUGGCCGCGCCAGAAGUGACUUCUGCGAUGCUGCCAGCUGUCGGCGUGGGAGGUGGCGUUGUGCGAUCAGAGGACUUCCUUACGAUACUGAAGAAGAAGCACAGCAAGACGGGGGAUGACCCCAGGCUACAAGGCACAGUACUAGGAAGAUCAGCAGACAGCAAGGACCUGGUGGUAGAGGGUGGAUCGGUCCAGCACAUACGAGACUGGCGACCCAGGAACAAGGUGGAGGAACGACCUGCGAACAUGCAACCUCCAACAGUGACCGCGAGAGAUGCUUCUCGAGCCACGGAGAUCGAGGAUGAUAGUGCGACUAGGUCCACGGAGGAAGGAAAGGCCACUCAAGAAGUUACUUCUGCGGCAUAG